CUAUAGGGACGUGUUUUGCUGAAGAGGGCGUGUCUUGUCUGACAGGAGGGGAGCUGUGAUUUACACACCCAAGGUAAGAGAAGACAACUCAACACAGAGGAGGAAGACAAAAAAGGGCACAGACUUGUUUCGAACUUUCAUGUUACUGAACACAGGUGUUUCCAAAGGUCUCUGACAUUGUUGAUGACCUCAGAGCUGAUUGAUUUGACCAGACUAGAGCUGAUAGGAUUAUUGAUCACAUUGAUCAGGUACCUCUAACCCACCAAACAUUAUCGGAGGUCGGAGGUCACACCUUGCUGGAAGUUUCUGGAUUAUAUAUUUGUUUUUGGAGACUGCUGAUUGGUUAAAGGACAUGUUUGGAGCCUGCUGAUUGGCUGGUUGAGUGUCUCAAAAUAUCCACCCCAGAACUGAUGCACGAAAACGAGGCGAGACCGACUGGAGGCCACUCCCACCUUGAGGUCUCCGUGACAAUGGAGUCCCAGCCGCCUCCACCACCUCCUCACAUCGUCUCCAACGGCAACCCUCGCGGCAACCCUUCGUCAUCAACGAUAACGGACCACAUCCCUAACACUAAGUCCAAGCACAACCAGGACGACCGACGGACCAAAUCCAGCAGACUGAUCCGGUCGCUUAGCAACGGUCUCCGGAAACACAGUGACUACGUCAAGAUUUCGGUACCGGAAGGCCGCGGCAACCGGUUGCCGCGGGAAUGGUGGAAAACAGGGGUGGCAUUUGUGUACGCCUUAUUCAACCUCAUCCUGACCACCGUCAUCAUCACCGUCGUACACGAACGGGUACCGGAUAAAUCGGUCAGUCCCCCGUUACCGGAUAAGUUCUUCGACUAUGUGGACCGUGUACCGUGGGCGUUCACGGUCACCGAAGUCAACGGGAUGGUGUUGGUGGGACUCUGGUUCAUACAGUGGCUGUUCCUCAAACACAAGUCCAUCAUCGGUCGGAGGUGUUUUUUCAUGAUUGGGACGUUGUACAUGUACCGUUGUGUCACCAUGUACGUCACCACGCUACCUGUCCCUGGCAAACACUUCACCUGCGCUCCCAAGCUUUAUGGUGACUCUGAAGGGAUGGUGUGGCGUAUCCUGGGUCUGAUUAGUGGAGGAGGCCUGUCAAUCACCGGGGGUCACCUCAUGUGUGGAGACUUCCUCUACAGUGGACACACUGUAACACUCACACUGGCAUACCUGUUUAUCCAAGAGUACUCCCCCAAGAAGAUGUGGUGGUACGUGUGGCUGUGCUGGUUGCUCAGUGUUGUGGGUGUGGUCUGUAUCCUGAUUGGUCAUGAGCAUUACAGCAUUGAUGUUGUCUUCGCCUACUUUGUUACAUCACGCCUCUUCUGGUGGUACCACACCAUGGCCAACACACAGGCUCUGCGCGGGGCUUCUAACAACUACCUGUCAAGGACCUGGUGGAACCCUGUGUUUAACUUCCUGGAGCGUAACGUCAUGGCAACCGUUCCCUGUGUGUUCUCCUGGCCCGUCUCUCUGCCCUCUGCAUGGUGUAACAUUAACCCCUGUGAGAGAUACUCCAUGGUAGAGGGGGAUGGGAACAGAGACUAGUAGAGGGCCUGUCUCUGCCCUCCUCGUGGUAACAACAACCCCAUGGUAGAGGUGGAUGGGACUGGACACCAGUGAUCCAUUUUUCUAUCCAUCCCUCCCUCCCUCUGGUCACAGAUCACAGGCUGUAGCUUGUAAUUAAAGAAACCUUCCUGAAGGCUCGGUCAUUACUACCUCUGGUGUUCUUCAGCACGGACGCUACAGACUAACACACCUGCAUAGGGGAUAGGGGUGCACUGUGUAGGGGAUAGGGGUGCACUGCGUAGGGGAUAGGGGUGCACUGCGUAGGGGAUAGGGGUGCACUGCGUAGGGGAUAGGGGUGCACUGCGUAGGGGAUAGGGGUGCACUGCGUAGGGGAUAGGGGUGCACUGCGUAGGGGAUAGGGGUGCACUGCGUAGGGGAUAGGGGUGCACUGCGUAGGGGAUAGGGGUGCACUGCGUAGGGGAUAGGGCAUCAUUUGAGACUGAUGCGUUGUGUAUUGGGUCAGAGAACGUCAGAAAUGGCAGUGUAUUCCCUGUGCACUCUGUAUAGGGUUGCCCAUAGGGUGCCAUUUCAGACACCCCACUGUGAGCGAACCCAACGACCAAAUAUUGAUGUCAUGACGAUAACGUGUUUAAACAUUUAUGCAAAUAUUUUGUUAGCCUGAUCCCAGGUCUGUUUGUGCUCUUGCUAACUCCAUUGUUGUCAUCGUCAAGCCCACUAGCCUGAUCCCAGAUCUGUCUGUGCUCCCAGAUCUUGCUAACUCCAAACUAAAGACAAUUUCCGUAAGGAGCAGAAACCGAUCCGGCUGUUUUUUUGGUUCAGUAAAAUAAUGAAUAUGAAGUCGUAUCAUCUGUAAUCCAUGUUACUGAAAUAUGUUUUGGUUCUGUUUUCAUUCUUUUUAAUCAUAUUUAAAGUUGUCAUAACUUGCUUGUUGUAGUAUAUAAUGUUUAUUUUGAGGGGAGUGGAGGGAGGGGGGAGAAACUGAAUAAAAUGGCCAAACUCUCCAA